AUGCUGACCAAAUAUGAUCCUAAGCAUCAUGUUAAUUAUGACGACCUUCACAAAUUUCAUUUGGAUCAAAUGGUCGAUGAUGAGGGAUGCAAUUUCUCAUUGGGUGAAAGGCAGUUGAUCGCCUUGGCUAGAUCGUUAGUUCGUGAUUCCAAGAUAUUGAUCUUGGAUGAAGCCACUUCCUCCGUUGACUACGAGACAGAUGCCGGUAUCCAAGAUACUAUUGCUAAUGAAUUCAGGCAGUGCACAAUUUUGUGUAUUGCUCAUAGGUUGAAGACCAUUUUGCACUAUGAUAGAAUCAUUGUCAUGGAAAAUGGUCAAAUCAUUGAAAAGGGGGUACCAAAGCAACUAUUCCAGGAGAAUGGUGUAUUUAAACUGAUGUGUCAAAAGGCUAAAAUUGUUGCUGAGGACUUUGAAUAA